AUUCCUCUUGCGAUGACAGUCAGCUAUCUGAUUCGCAUGUCCUCCUACGACUUCAUAUAUCUCUGAAAAGCCUAUUGUGCCCGCCAACAACGCCAACUCCUCUCGAGCGACCCUCGUGCUCCCGUAUCCCGCAAUAUCCACCCCGAAUCGAUCGCCUCCCUCCCCGCUCGACGCAAAGAAUCCGAUGCCCCAAUAAUAAUCGCUCGCAUUUUUCCUGACUCGGGCCUGGGCAAACCCGCCACUUGAUACCGUCACUGGAGGCUUGGGAUGGCUUCGAACCACGACGAGGCCUCCUCGAGGCAAAGCAUAGAUGAGCACUCGCAGCCAUCCAACUCCAAUACGGCAACCUCUCCCCCGCCGACCACAUCCCCCGGACCGCCAGAAGAGUCUGCCGCUGGCGCUGCCGAGAGAGUAUAUCCAAUCCGAUCGAUUAUUUCUGUCGAUACCUCGUCGAACAGACAAUCUUCGCGAGACGUGACUUCUCCCACAAGGGGAAUUGGGACAGGAGCCAGACAGCUUUCUAUCAUUGAUUCUCAAACCUGGGACCAGUUGCAAGCACAGCGGAAUUCGACAAUUGGGAACCCUCCUACCGGCAACGAGACUCCAGUAGCCUCCCAAGGAGCUCCAGGAAUCCCUGUUUCGUCCUCGGAAAAUACAGAACAACCGUCGGAGAGGCCGAGGAUCGAUGAUUCAAAUAGGACGUCUUCCGAUGAGAUCCGGUUGGGAAGAAAUGAAAAUCGGCCCUUGAUUACCCAGCGAUUUGAACAUGUUAUCACCGAACAAGGCCAUGCGAUCAUAACAGGGCGAUCCAGUGAUGGCUUCAUGGCCUGCGAAGAUGAACCCAUCCAUACUCCAGGUGCAAUACAAAGCUUCGGUGCGUUGGUUGCGCUGCGCGAGGAAUCCGAGGGUAUUCUCGCGGUUCGCCUCGCCAGUGAAAACACCAAGCUUAUACUCGGGUACUCACCACGGAAGCUCUUCGGACUCGAAAGUUUCACCGAUAUCAUGCUUGAAGACCAGGCCGACAUCUUGCAGGACCACAUUGACUUCAUCCGGGAGGACACGUACGACCCCUGCGCAGACGGCCCGGAGGUGUUUGUGUUAUCUCUUUUUGGACCCGUUGGCCGACCGAUCCGGCUGUGGUGCGCCGUUCAUAUCAAUCCCGCCAAUAAAGAUCUAAUUAUCUGCGAGUUCGAGUUGGAGGAUGACAGGAAUAACCCACCGCACCCUUCAGAUCAGUCGGUAAAUACGACGCCAACGGAUACUCUGGGGGUCGACUUCACACCGGAGCAACUGGCUGCUAGCACAUUGACUGUCAGCCAGCCUUUGCGGGUGCUUCGAAAAGCGCGCGGAAGACGCGGUGAAGCGGCUGCCAUGGAAGUCUUUGGUAUUAUAAGCCAGAUUCAGGACCAGCUUGGUCGUACCGAAACUCUGGAUGCAUUACUCAAUACGACAGUUGGAAUCGCCAAAGAACUGACGGGCUUUCACCGUGUCAUGAUCUAUCAGUUUGACAUCGACUGGAACGGUAUAGUGGUAGCCGAAUUGGUAGACCCUAGUACCAGCAAGGAUCUAUACAAAGGGCUUCAUUUUCCAGCCACGGACAUUCCUAAACAGGCUCGUGAUCUCUAUCGGAUAAACAAAGUCCGUAUACUUUACGACCGUCAUCAGGUCACUUCUCGGUUGGUCUGCCGGGCCAAGGAAGACCUGGAACAUCCGUUGGAUUUGACACACUCCUAUCUACGUGCCAUGUCGCCUAUUCACGUUAAGUACCUCGCCAACAUGGGGGUUCGCGCUUCUAUGUCUAUCAGCAUUGAUGGACCGCACGCACUAUGGGGUCUGAUCUCAUUGCAUACUCAUGGUGAACACGGCAUGAGAGUCUCCUUCCCGCUCAGAAAAAUGUGUCGUUUGAUUGGAGACACUCUAUCGCGAAACAUCGAGCGUCUUUCAUAUGCCUCUCGCUUGCAGGCGCGCAAACUCAUCAACACCGUUCCUGCAGACGCAAAUCCUUCAGGGUAUAUAAUCGCAUCGUCAGAUGAUUUGUUGAAAUUGUUCAAUGCAGACUAUGCCGCAUUGUCUAUCCGAGAAGAGAUCAAAACUUUAGGAGGAUCAACGCGCUCGCAAGAAGUUUUGGCAUUGCUGGAAUACCUCAAAGUCCGCAAAUUCAAUUCCGUUCUUGCUUCUCACAACGUGAAAAGGGAUUUUCCCGAUCUGCACUUCCAACCCGGUUUUAAAACGAUUUCCGGUAUGCUGUAUGUGCCAUUAUCAGCUGAUGGUAUGGACUUCAUUGUCUUCUUCCGCCGAGGACAGCUAACCGAAAUCAAAUGGGGUGGGAAUCCGUACGCGAAGAAGUUCGUCGGGAACCAUUUGGAGCCACGCGGCAGUUUUCAGGUUUGGAAAGAAACGGUUUUGGAUCAGUCUCGUGAAUGGACCGAGUCGGAGGUGGAGACAGCAGCCAUCAUGUGUCUAGUGUACGGCAAGUUCAUUAAAGUGUGGCGACAGAACGAGGCCGCUCUACAAGACUCGCAGUUGACGAAGCUUCUUUUGGCCAACUCCGCUCACGAAGUCCGAACCCCAUUGAAUGCCGUGAUCAAUUACCUGGAAAUCGCCUUAGAGGGUACACUUGACAAUGAGACUCGUGACAAUCUCACCAAGUCUUACUCGGCUUCUAAAUCCCUCAUCUAUGUUAUCAAUGAUCUCCUUGACCUCACCAAUGCCGAAAAGGGCCAGAAUCUAAUCAAGGACGAAUCGUUCGAUCUGCCAUUGACUUUCAGAGAGGCAACAGACAUGUUCCAGUCGGAAACUAGGCGAAAAGACAUCAACUUCACCGUUCUGCAGCACCCCGGGCUUCCUAAGGUUGUACUUGGGGAUCAGAGGCGUGUCAGACAGGCCAUCACGAAUCUGAUCUCUAAUGCCGUUCAGCAUACGUCUGCAGGGGGUGUCACUGUGGAAAUAUCUCGUUCUCCCGCCAACGCCGACCCAGGCACUGCUGUGGUACAGGUAGUGGUCCAUGACACAGGUUCUGGGAUGUCUCAUGAUACACUUGAGACUCUUUUCCAGGAAUUGGAGCAAAUUUCUGAAGUAAACGACAAUGAUAUUCUUGAUCAAGAAGAAAAGUCACUCGAUGCAGUUAUGGAAGAGCAGGAAAAGCGGGUCUUGGGAUUGGGACUUGCGCUGGUGUCUCGAAUUGUCCGUAACAUGCACGGCCAACUCAGCGUUCGAUCAGAAGAGGGCAGAGGCAGCCGUUUCCAGAUUUCGCUCCAGUUCACAGUUCCAGAAGGUCAAACUCCGUCCAGUCGACGCGAAUCACACAUCCCCAUCUGCACUAUCGAGCCGAAGACGCCGCUUCAGUCGAAAGAGGAGUUCAUUCUUGUGGACGGCCGAUCUCCUCCCAGUGAAAAAAGGCGUAGUGGCGCCAGUCAGCGCAGCGGAGAAAGUGCGAGGGACUCAAAGAGCGACUCUGAAUCGGUUACCAAGAUGCCAGAAGACCCAGUGACAACCGAGGAAACACCAAGCAAAGACCCCGAGACACAAGCAGAGCCUGACGUCCCGCAAGAAGAACAUGUCGACAUCCCGCCCACUGAUGAAAUGCCAAUCGCCCAAGAUCUAGCUACUCUGGACCCACCGCCCAGUGUUGAGGAAUCGGGUGUGCCACAGGAGACCUCAGAAUCUGCUCCUGCGGAACCAGAGAAUCCCCAGGUUGAACAAGCUCCUGAAACUCAAACCAGCGAGAAACCUGUCAAGCCUCCCACGCCAACUUCCCCGACUACCACCCAAACCCUCCGUGUACUAAUCGCGGAAGACGAUCCUAUCAACGGCAAGAUCCUACAAAAGCGUCUCACGAAAACUGGCCACUCCAUGCAACUGACCCUCAAUGGCGAGGAAUGUGCUGCUGCGUAUCGUGCAGAUCCUGCAGCAUAUGAUGUCAUCUUGAUGGACAUUCAGAUGCCCAUCGUCGACGGCAUGAAAUCGACACAAAUGAUUCGCGAGUUCGAAAACGAGUCUUCAGCAAACGACCUCUCUCAAAUCUCCCAGCGAAACGGCCGCAUCCCCAUCUUCGCCGUUUCAGCUUCUCUCUUGGAGAAAGAUUCUCAAUCCUACACCGACACCGGCUUUGACGGCUGGAUCAUGAAACCAAUCAAUUUCACACGACUCAACUUCCUUUUUGACGGCCUUCACUUUGACGACGCCCGAAACAGUGCCACUUACCAACCCGGCUACUGGGAAAACGGCGGCUGGUUCACGAAACGACAAACGACAUGAAGUUAUGUCACGUUCUGAGCGACGUGAUAAAAGCAUCUUUCCACUUUUUUCUAUUGUUUUUGGCGUCGAAUCUAACGAACCCUUGUAUACGAUAUGGGAUCUGAUUUUGUUGGUGGCAUUUUCUUCCUUUGUUUUUUUUUAUCGGGAUCAUUUCUUUUCUCAUCAUGAGGCCUGAGCUUUUUCUUCUCUCACAUAUUUCUGUUUCAAAAUAUACCCCAUGAGUUAUCUUCUGUGUUUUUCUAUUUUAACUUUUAACCAUAGAUGGUGUUUCUGCGGGAGUUGGAAGCCCAUCGUGACGUGAUAUCUAG